GUCUUAGAUAAGACUGCGAGUCACGAUCACAAAGAUGGAGGAAGUGCAUCUUUUAUUGCGUUUAUCGUUUUUUCUUCUAAUUCAUUCAGUUGUAUCACAGUACGUUACAGAUAACUUCCUGAUUCUCACGGACAAACACAAUGGCAUUAUCUGGCAAGCCGACCUCGCUCGAGAGAAACUCGUUCAAGUUUACAGUCAGUGCACGAACCCCAUCUCUGUUAGCUACGAUCCGGUAGAACAAAGGGUGUACUGGACCGAGGUUAUCCCGAUUUUGCAUGGACUGUCCAGAAUCCGGCGAGUUGGGAUAGACGGAAGCCGAGCCGGAACUAUUUACAGUUUUGAAACAUUAUCUAAUGGGCAAUUAGCAGAGAAGGUUCCGGAUGGCAUUGCAGUAGAUCAUGUUUCUCGUCUUCUUUACUACACCGAGGCUGAGAAUGACGUCAUAGGAGUGAUGAGGUUGGACGGAUCUUAUCAUAAGGUGCUGAUUAACACGGGACUCGCUGAGCCCAGAGCGAUUACGUUGGAUCCUUACAAUGGCUGGAUGUAUUGGACGGAUUGGGGAACGGAAGCAAAGAUAGAACGAGCCCACAUGGACGGCGGAAACAGACAAACUGUGGUGGACACGGCUCUAUCAUGGCCGAACGGAAUAGAUAUUGACAUCCCUGAACAGAAACUCUAUUGGUGUGAUGGAAAUUAUUCGCGAAUUGAAGUUUCUGACACGGACGGCAGUAACAGACGUGUCAAGGUCGAGCGCUUCCCACAAAAUGGGGGAAGGUACUUUGGCGUUGCAGUUGAUGGAACAAAGGUGUACUUCACCGACUGGGCGUUCAGAAUUUGGGUCUUCCACAUGGUUAAUAAGACGGGCGGAUCCAUUCCGCAGUCAAAGGUCCAAUCCAAUUUUCCUGUUGUACAAGCUCCCGCCCAAUUGACUGAUCUCCAUGUUUACCAGAGUUCAUACCAACCGACAGGAUCGAACGGCUGCAGCAUAAACAAUGGGGGUUGUCCCUACCUGUGUCUACCCAAACCCAACGGCAGAACGUGCGCAUGCCCAGAUUCCGUUUGCCUGUCUGGUCAAAGUACAUCUGGAAAUGUGCCAUUGGACACAUCUUCGCCUGCCAUGGUGGAACCAAGUUCUUCAAGAACGGUUCAAGGCGGGUUAAUCUCAGCUGAAGACCACGUUGAGACUCGGCCCGCUAGUCAGCCAGUGAGCGCUGCCUUGAUUGCCGUCAGCGUAGUCAGCGUAGUGAUAAUUAUAGCCUUGGUACUACUGGUGGUGGUGAUAUUAAAGAAACGGAAUGCUCCACAAAACUCCUUGCCGACCAAUCCCCACUUGAACCCUGCAUUUGACAACAAUGGGAACGACAAACCGGAGCGCCAUCUAUCGAGCAGCCCACAUCAGGGCGACACGUCACAUUACGAAGGCCUGACGCCAGCCAUGCCAAAUAUCAGCAGCAAAGAUGAGCAUCCUUAUCAACAAAUUACUGUAUACCAAAUCCCAACGUUCACGGUUUACGAAAAUGGAGCGAAUGACUAUCAGCCUAUUUUGCCCAGCACCCGCGAAGAGAACGUGUGAAAAUUUAACGCAAUAGAUUUGAAUUUAUUUCUUGCUGCGCAUAAGCUUUACGUAUACGUAGGCCUACAAAACCCUCCAUUUAGUGUGUGUGUGUGUGUGUGUUUGUGUGUGUAGAGAGAGACACAGAGAGAAAACAUCCUUAUAAAUGUACAGCAAAAAGCUUUAAUUAAUGAUUGAUACUAAAAUCAAAUUACAACUGACAAAAAUUGACGUUUUCACGUAGGCCUAAUGGUUGGAAGAAAUGUCACAUGAACUCUUAUAUCUUUAGCAAACUAGUGUGCUUACAAGUAACCUUUUGCCAUAAAAACAUAAUAGCCCCAUUCACAAUAGGGGACUUAGGCCCACUAGUCCGAGGAUUAAGUAUGGCUGACCCACUUGAACUCUUCCCCAUGGGGAAUCUAUCAGGUGUCAAUUAACGGAUAGACAGCAAGCUUUGUAGUCGGUCGCCAUACUUGACCCCGGGACUAGUUAGUCCCGUAUUCUGAAUGGGGCCAAUGUCGCUUGUGGUCUUAUUUUUUUAGAACAGUGUAGAAUUCCCCGUCAGUGUUUGUAGUGUCAAUACUAUAGGGCAUUCAGCU